AUGAUCACAGAAGUAAUCGAUCGAAGCACCUCUGAUGAAUCCAACAAAAAAUCUUCCUCAACAGAUGGAGUAUCUUCUUCGUCCAGUACGAACAAUGGAGAGGAAUCUGAAAAACAAGUCUCUUCUCCUCUCAUAAAGACAGUUUGGGAGAGAGAAAGAACCAAUCAACGACCACCUGUAUCUUCUGUCACUGACACUGAGAACAACAAGAACUCAAUGAAUAAGGAUCCUCUCAAGUCCUCUGCUUCUGUAGAUUCCAGCUCCACACUUGAAUCUUUGAGUCCCUCCUCUAGAAAUGAUAUUGCAAAGAGGCAAAAGAAAGGCGCAAGCCAAGAAUUCACGGGUGAAGUGCAAACUGUUUCUGAAAGUGGAGAAAGAGCAAAGCCUGAGAAACUAAGAGAUCUGCAGGAGAAGACGAAUAGUAAGUCUAAAACCGCCAGUUCAAAAACAGAAGCCGAUGGAAGGGAUGUCACGACUUCAGGUAAAAACAUAAAGAAGGCAACAGGCUCAACUGGUCGCAAUCGACGUCGCUCCACCUCUAAUCUCCAAAAGACUUCAUCGAGGAGGUCCACAGAUCAAGAAAAAAGAUCCUCAAAAACCUCCACCUCUGAAACUGUGCAACCACAGACUUCAUCCUUGAGAAGCGAGAUCACCAAGAGGGCAGUUUCAGCAAAGAGAUCGUCAGAAAAAGUAAAAUCGAAAAACCUGGAUGAAGUAAUUUCUUCUCGUCAAAGAGAGACAGUGAGCACUAAACCCAACCCCAGAAAGAAGAAAGAUGAAACUGAAAACACAACAAUCAAGCGCCCAAGGAAAUCGUCUGAAAGAACAGAUGAGUCCACAAAAUCUAAUGAAGAUAAGGUAAAAGUAGAAUCUAGACAAGAACAAACACAAGGCACUCCACGACCUUCGAACCGAUCUAAGAAUGUCAAAGAUGCUUCUACCAGAAAGAGACCAUCCUCUGUGACAUCUUCCAAAGUUAACUCAAGAAAGACUGAUCAGCAAAUUGACUCAAUUCCAAGACAGGAAAGCAACACUCUACAAACUCAAUCCAUCAAGAUAAAACCUGUUCAAAAUAGUAUUGUUUCAGAGAACAUGCAAUCAAGAAGUGAAAACAAAAAGGAUGAAACAGCAACUAGUCCUAACAAAGUGACCUCAUCCAAUCUUUCUUCAAAGAAUGGCCUUAAAGAAAGCAGCUCAACAAGGAAAAAAGAAACAACAUCUGAAAGAAAAACGUCAGAACGAAACAGCAAAUCUCAAAGACAAACUACGAAGGAACAAACAUUGAAGAAGUCUCCAUCAUCAACAACAACAACAGAAAGAGCUAUAUCUGGAGGAAACGACAUUGAUGAGAGAACCAUACCCUCAGUUUCAUCUGGAAGCCCAUUUGUGGAAAAUUCAAAGGUAUCCCAAGAAAUCAUUCGUGAGAGAUCUUCAAAUGUGGUGAGUGAAUCUUCAAAGAAACGAUCGAGUAGUAACAAUGCCAAGAAGGAACAAGAGUCUUCAAUGAUUUCCACGUUGAGCAAGAACAAAGUUAUCGAUUCUCAAUCCCUCAAGGCAAGCUCUAGCUCUCCCGAAAGAGUGAAAGAAAAUGUUAAACCAAAAGUCAGCAAGAAUGACCAACCAUCUCGUUCUGGCAAGUCAAUGGACACGACCUCUCCCAAGAAAGAGGUUGAAGAACGCAAACCACGCUCCAACCCUGGCGCACAAACAAAGCCAGCAAGUGGCCCUGCACAACCUGUUUCCAAUAGUAAUAACGAUUCAUCCAAACAGAGACCUACAAAAGAGAGAACAUCAUCAAGCUCUAGAACAGAAAGAAAACAACCAUCUCCUCCACAACAGAACCCUGUGCCACUAAAGACAACGCAAACGAUUGCCCUGUCGAGCGUGCGCACAGCCAGAGUGGUCCCUCGAGUUGUAAUGAAGAAAUGUCAAGCCAUUGGUGAUCCUCAUUACACCACAUUCCAAGGAAAGUACUUUGAUUUCUAUGGUGUAGGUGAUUAUAUUUUGGCUCAAUCGACAGACGGCGAUUUCAUUGUUCACUCUCGAACUGGAAGAUGGGGAAGUGUCAGUGUCAACACUGCCUUCGCUGUCAAGGUAAACAAUCAAAAAAUUAUAGAGUAUGACAUUGAAAGUAACUCUUUCUAUGUGGAUGGACAGGAAACACAAAUUAAACAAGGAGAUGAAAUUACUUUUGGUCCAGGAGCAACUGCCAAGAGAACUGCAGAGAACUCAAUGACUGUUUCUGCUCAGAAUGGUGCUCAUUUGAUUGCCACCUGGUACCGAAGUUCAUCUUAUAAGUCCUCACUGGGAUCUUUCGGACACAUUUCACUGAUUGUUGAAGCCCCUUCGACAUUGGAUUUCAAUGCAGGCAUGUGUGUGGAUCAGAGUUACAAAACACAAACUGCAAGAGGACUCUUACAUGAUCAUGUCAUGAGAACUUUGUCACGUUCUGUUAAGCCAAUUCUACCAACACAGGAACAAGUUCAAGCAGCGACUGAAGCUUGUAAAACUGCAGGUUUGAAAGGUAAAAACCAUCCUUUAGCUUUGAAAGCCUGCAUUGAAGAUCAAGUUCAAUCAGGUCCUAAACUCGGUUCUACCAUUGCAAAGGUCAUUAAACAAAUCGAGCAGACCGCUGACAAGAAGGUGAAGAAAUGGAUGGCUCAAGUGCAAACUAACAAUGAGAAGAAAGUGGAAGUGAUAAAUCCAACUGUUUCUUCUCUUCAAUCAACGAAUGGCCGUCAAAAUGCUCCGGUUGUGGCUUUAUAG